AUGCCACCAAAUUUACGAAAGAUGUCACUAAAUAAUCGUGAUUAUUCUUUCAAAAAUUUAAAAUUUAAACGUUUCUUACAUUUCAUCAAUAAUAAAAAUAAAGAUGUUAUUGGUGAAAAUCAUACGAGCACGAGAAAAUUUGAUAGCGAAAAUGAAAGGAUUAUUAAUAGAGGUUUCACAGCACUCUUUGAUCCUAAUAUAGAAACCGAAGAUAUCAAAGCAAAUGUGCUACAUUCGGUAACUAAAAAGGUAUGGGGAGGAAAUUUUUCUUCACCGAUUGAAAAUAGAUUAAUUAAAGGCGUUAGAGUACUUGAUGUUUGCUGCGGGCCUGGCUAUUGGGUAUUAGACAUGGCAAAAACUUAUCCAAAGAGCACAUUCAUAGGAAUGGAUAUUUCACCAACAUUCUCUGAAAGAGAAAAAAUGACUAAUGUAGCGUUUUUGGAGUGUAAUGUACAUGAUGGUUUGCCUUGGCCAAAUGAUACAUUUGAUUUCGUUUAUCAAAGAUACGCUUGGGCAAGUUAUAAUGAAGUCCAAUGGAAAAAUAUCAUUUCAGAGAUCACAAGAGUUUGUAAACCAGGAGGGAUGAUAGAAUUGAUGGAAUUUGAUUGGGAAUUUAAAAACAAUAGUCCAAUUACUAUGAAUUAUCAAAAGCUUUUAUCAACUUACUUUUUUUCAAAUGGUUUGAAUCCCGCGAUAUCUUCCAAGAUUCCAUUAUUAUUAAAACAAACGGAUGAAUUAACAGACAUUCGAUCAGAAUCGAGGGAUUUAUCACUCGGUUCCUGGGAUGGGUUAAAUGGAAUGAUGCAUUUAAAAUAUCAUUAUUCAUCAGUAAAUCAAUUUGCGAAUCAUUUAUCAAAGGAUACAAAUUUAAGCGACGAAGAACACAAGUUAAAAAUCAUUAAAUAUUUAAAAGAGUCUGAAAACUGUAAAACUCUCGCUACUAAUCGAAGAUUUUUCGCGAUAAAAACCACACAUAAAAAAAAUAGACAUACAUUAGAUAAUAACUCUUGCAAUUAA